AUGAAUCAAAACAUGAAUUUAGGCUCCGUUCAGAAACUAAUGGAAGAGACACAGGUUUUUGGAACCCAAACAAGACAACCUUAUAAAUUAUCUGGAAGUUGCCAACCAGGUGGCCAUCUGUGUAAUUCAAAUAUGCCAUCUCAAACUUUCUGCCCAUAUUCAUCUCAUUGCCCAUAUAUGCAUACAAAUUACAGCAGUGAUUGGGAAAUUUUUGAAGCAGUAAGAAUUCGGGAACUGGAAGAAGUCAAAGCCAGAGCUGCCCAAAUGGAGAAGACCAUGCGCUGGUGGUCAGAUUGUACUGCUAACUGGAGGGAGAAAUGGAGCAAAGUUAGAGCAGAAAGAAAUAAAGCCCGAGAGGAAGCAAAACAAUUGAGAAUCAAAUUAGACAGUGUUGUAAAAGAACUGAGUAUGCUUAAAAAAAUAAAUCAAGAUUUAGUAAGUGAGAAGGAAAACUUAGAAAAUGUAACUGCUUGGAAAACAGAAUUAAGUUGCUCAGAAUUAUCUUCUAUUAAAAAAGACCUAAACCAGUUAAUGUUUCUGGAACAAGAAUCUAUGAAAGAACUGAGCAAAACCAGCAAGAUUCGUGGGGCAGAAGACUCAAAGAAGGAUGUAGAGGUAAUCAAAGACCAAAGCAAUCACUGUAAAAAAAUCACUCCAAAGCCUCCUGAUUUCUUUCCCAAUGGAGCUCCCAGCAUCUGUUUAGAACAACCUAAAAAAUGUUUGGACAAUACAGCUAAGACAGCAGAGAAUGAUUUAAUACAUGUUUCCAUCUUGCAUUUGCAUUUGACUGAGAUGCAGAAAAUCUUACAGAAGGAAAGAGAAAUGAACAUGUUUCUGGAAAAAGAAAUGGAAAAGAUAGAAAAUGAAUUAUUUCUUUGGAAAUGGAAAUAUGAAGAACUGAGAGAAACCCAGCAAGAAAGUCUGAAACAG